CCUCCUCCUCCUCCCAUGGCAAUUGUCAUGUGAUAGCAAAGAGGUGGCACAUUAAUGGAGCGCCCCUACAGGGGUCUUUUCUGCUCAUGUCACCACAUAAAACUAUCAGAUGGUUAGAGGAAGGCCAUGGAGGCAUCCACUUAGCUCGUUUCGUCGAGGACGCCAAAUGAAGUCCAUUCUUCAGCUCUAGCUAACGGGACAAGCCGACAUAACUUUGCGAGAGACACACACAGAGAGAGAGAGAGAGAGAAGGGGGAAAAAAAAGACUUAUUAAGAAAAGCGGUCGCUCCCCAUAAAUGUGCACCGCCCGCCCGCCUGCACUGCACGGCAGCAGAGGCGCCCGACCUGGCUGUUUUUACGCACGACGCAACUCCAGCUUUUCGCCCGCGUCGAAACUUUCUUCAGCGGCUGUUUUCAUGAAGAGCGGCAAGCUUUCGCCAAGGAAUUAAGGGAGACUUACUUUUUUUUUUAAAAAAAAUUAUUGCUUUUCUUAAAUAAUAAUAAUAACAAAAUCGAGGAUGCCUCGUCCGGGGAGAAACACGUACAGCGACCAGAAGCCACCUUACUCCUACAUCUCCCUCACUGCCAUGGCGAUCCAGAGCUGCCCGGAGAAAAUGCUGCCUCUCAGUGAAAUUUACAAGUUCAUCAUGGAUAGAUUCCCUUAUUACAGAGAAAACACUCAGCGGUGGCAGAACUCCCUGCGACACAACCUCUCCUUCAACGACUGUUUUAUCAAAAUCCCCCGGCGCCCGGAUCAACCAGGUAAGGGCAGUUUCUGGGCGCUGCACCCAAACUGCGGGGACAUGUUCGAGAACGGAAGUUUCUUGAGACGCCGCAAAAGGUUCAAAGUGUUGGCCGCGUCCGAUCACCUGGCCCCCAGCAAGCAAUCGGAUGCUGCCCAUUACCUCCAGCAGCAAGCCAAACUGAGACUGAGCGCCCUGGCGGCCACCGGCACGCACCUCCCACAAAUGUCAACCUACAACCUCGGAGUGUCCCAGACGUCAACUUUCAAGCACCCGUUCGCCAUCGAGAACAUCAUCGCCAGAGAGUACAAGGUCCCGGGGAGCCUGGCGUUCUCCACCAUGCAGUCCAUGUCCGCCGGGUACCCGCUGCACAACCAGCUGACGACAGCCUGGCCCCACAUGUACAACACCAGCGUGAUUGACACGGCGGCCCCGAUCUCCAUGGCGAGCAGCGACUACAGUGCCUAUGGCGUGCCCAUCAAGUCACUGUGUCACGGGGGGCAGUCGUUACCGGCCAUCCCAGUGCCAAUCAAGCCCACCCCGACCUCCAUGCCCGGUUUCUCGGCGCUACCUCCGCACAUCCCCGCGUUUCUAUCAAACUCUCCCCAGUCUCUGAGCCCGACGUCCCCACAGACAGCGACGAGCCAAAGCAGCCCCGCCACCCCGAGCGAGACUCUGACGAGCCCCUCCACACUGCAGUCUGUGGCUGUGCACUGACCGGCUGAACUUUGCCUCCCCCUCCCCACCACCACCCCACCCACCAUACCCACCCCACACCUCACCUCACCCCAACCGCACCAGUGAACGAACGAACUGCUGGCUGGCUCCCAGGGCCUCCCUUCCUUUUACCAAACCCAAAGUUUAUAUUUUCUGUCGUCGGAAACUAUCAAGGCGAGUUGCAGUUGCAUAUCGAUUUAUUUGUGUAU